CAAUGUUUUGUUUGACAUUCCUCUCUUUACGUUCAUCUAGCACACAGUGAUUUUGUUGUUUUCUUUUAUCAAAUUAUAAAUAAAUUGUGACCAAAUCUUAUCAGUAUAGAAUAUUAAACAAACCAUUUGGUGUUGCCUUGGACUUAGUCACGGUUGCUUUUAUUCAGUCGCACUGAUACCCUGAGCGAUUCUUGUCUGGUGCGGCGAGCUCAAUAAAUUAAGGAUAAUUUAUCUCUAAAAUAACUGAAAAUGAACUCCCUAAAAAAGAAUUGGUUCACUGAAGAUUGUGAGAUGUGGCCUGGUGGCACUUUCUCAGUUGAAGUUAAAGAAGUGUUAUACUCUGAACAGUCGGACUACCAAGAAAUAACUGUGUUUGAUACUACUAAAUUCGGAAAAGUAUUAGUCUUGGAUGGCAUUAUUCAGUGCACUGAGAAGGAUGAGUUUGCCUAUCAAGAGUCAAUAGCAUUUCUACCGCUGUGCCUUCACAAGAAUCCAGAGAAGGUGCUGAUUGUGGGUGGGGGUGAUGGCGGAGUUGCCCGAGAAGUUGCCAAACACCCUCAAGUUAAAGAAAUCCUUCAGGUGGAAAUAGAUGAGAAAGUCAUCGAAGUCUCAAAAAAAUACUUACCCUUCUUGGCGGUGGGUUUCGAGAGUCCAAAACUAAAACUUCACAUCGGCGACGGGUUUGAGUUCAUGUUGAACCAUAAAAACGAGUUUGACGUUAUUAUCACAGACAGUAGCGACCCCGUAGGCCCAGCCGUAAGUUUGUUCAGAGAUCACUAUUUCCAACUCAUGAAAAGUGCUCUGAAACCCAACGGGAUCAUAUGUUCCCAAGCGGGCACCGUCUGGAACGACCUAGAUCUAGUUUCCAACAUUCUAAAUAUAUGCAAAAAGCAGUUUCCAAAAGCUGCUUACGCCUAUGCUUCAGUUCCUACAUAUCCAUCAGGACAAAUUGGUUUCGUAAUUGGAUCUUUAGACAAUGAUAUUGUGUUUGAUAAACCUGAACGUGUAUUUACUGAAGAAGAUGAAAAGGAGAUGAAGUUAAGGUACUACAGCAGCGAAAUCCACAAAGCUGCAUUUGUCUUGCCCACCUUUGUGAGACAACACUUAGCUAAAAAUACUGCUGAGUAAUGUGUACUUAAAUGUGCAUUUAUUUUAGCGUGUAGGUAAGCGUCUUUACCGGAGACGUAUCGAAUCUAUUUUUCUGUUUUUAAUACUCGGGUGUAAUUUGUAACGGUUUUAAUGAUGUUUUAAAAUACUGUUAUUGAUCCAAAAUUAUUUACCUAUAUUAUAUUAUCAGAUGAUAUUAUAACAUUGUUACUUAGACAGUAGAAUUCAUCAAUUUUACACUUACUCCUAUUCU